CCAAACUCUUCUCACAUUCACGGCCUUUUCCUUUUCUUUCUAUUCAACCUUCUUGUUCAUUGAUUGAUUUUUCUUGAGAUACCCCUGUUUUGUUGCUCUUCCGCCCAUCAUGGACGAAGCAGAGUUCAUUGGCCUCUUGCAGGCUCUUCUUGAGCCUGACACUCAGAAAGUCAAGACCGCUACCGGUCAGCUCAACAAGACUUACUACACUUCUCCCGCCUCAGUGACGGCCCUUAUUCACAUCAUUGUUUCACAUCCUGAUCCGCAGCUCCGGCAGCUUGCAUCGGUCGAGGCCCGGAAAUUGGUCAUUAAGCACUGGCAGGCUGUUGACGAUGCACAGAAGCCUGAGCUUCGACAGCAACUCCUCAAGAGCACGAUCGAUGAGGACAAGCCCCUCCCGAGACACAGCAAGGCACGCGUCAUUGCAGCCAUUGCAAGUAUUGACAUGGAGGAUGGUCAGUGGGCAGACCUUCCCGGUAUUCUCGAGCAGGCUGCCACCAGCACAACCGCCCACCACCGGGAGGUUGGCACUUACAUACUUUUCACUCUCCUUGAAACCAUGCCGGACAUGUUCCAGGAGAGCAUGGGCAAGAUGCUCACUCUUUUCAAUCGCACCAUCCAGGACCAAGAGUCGGUUGAGGUCAGAAUCAACACCAUGUUGGCUCUCGCCGAGCUAGCUAUGGUUCUAGACCCCGCGGAGGAUGCAGCUGCUUUGAAGAGCUUCCAAGAUACUGUGCCGUUCAUGGUCAAGGUGCUCGAGCACGCCAUUGCCGAGGACGACGACGAGCACAGCACACAAGCUUUUGAUGUUUUCAACAAGCUGCUUGCAUUCGAUGCUGCUCUGCUGAACAACCAUUUUGGUGACCUGAUUCAGUUCUUCUUGCAGGUAGCUGCUAAGACUGACAUCGAUGAUGACAACCGAUCCCAAGCUCUCAGCUUCUUGAUGCAAGCGGUGCGCUUCCGCAAGCUCAAGGUUCAAAGCCUGAAGGUCGGUGAGCAGAUCACCAAGGUAUGCAUUCAGAUCGCUACAGAGCUUGACGAGGUACCUUCCGAAGAGGACGAUAUCUCUCCAGCUCGUUCCGCUCUUGGAUUGCUCGACAUCCUCAGUGAAUUCCUUCCACCUAGCCAAGUCGCUGUUCCCUUGCUCAAAGCCAUCGGGCCUUAUGUGCAGGACACUCGCCCUGAAUACCGCCGAGCUGGAAUCCUCGCGCUGGGUAUGUGUGUUGAGGGCUCGCCCGACUUUAUUGCUACUCAACUUUCCGAGAUUCUUCCUCUCGUGUUGCACCUCCUCGAAGACCAGGCCACCAGCGUACGGAGCGCCGCUCUCAAUGCUGUUUCACGUCUCGCAGAAGACCUUGCCGAGGAAAUGGGCCGAGAACAUGCUCGACUCAUCCCUGCGAUGAUCAAGAAUUUCGAUCUGGCUCUUCAGGGUAUGCAGACUACUCAGGCAGAAUCAAAAGAGCACUCUUUGCAAACCCACAUCGUCAAGGCUAGUGCCAUGGCUGUGGAUUCUCUUAUUGAGGGUCUGGACCCCAAAGACGCUGCGCUAUAUGUCAAUGAACUUGUGCCACGCUUCAGCGCUCUCAUCAACCACGAGGACCACAAGGUACAAAUGGCUGCUGUCAGCGCUAUUGGAAGCAUUGCUAGCGCUUCAGAGGACGCCUUCCAACCUUACUUCGAGGGAACUAUGCAAGCACUCGGUCAAUACAUCUCCAUCAAAGACUCCGAAGACCAACUCGAGGUCCGCAGCAUGGUCAUCGACUCGCUCGGCAAGGUCGCCAGCGCAGUUGGUGCUUCGAACUUUGAGCCCUUCGUCAACCCAUUGAUGGCUGCCAGCUUCGAAGGUCUCAGACUCGACAACCAAAGACUCAAAGAGACAAGCUUCAUCUUGUGGAGCACACUGGCCAAGGUCUACGAGGAGAACUUUGAACCUUUCCUUGCUGACACGGUCAAGUCUCUCUUCGAAUGCCUGGACCAGGAGGAGACCGACACGGACCUCGGUGUCGAGGCCUCGGAUCUGAUUGGCCAAGAAGUCACUAUUGCUGGCAAGAAGAUCAAGGUUGCAGGCGCGAACGGCGUCAGCGAGGAAGACAGCGAGAAGGAGAUUAUGGAGGCUCUCAUGAACGCCGAGGAGGAUGACGACGACUGGGAUGAUCUCGGUGCUGUCACCGCCGUUGCCUUGGAAAAGGAGAUCGCCAUUGAAGUCAUGGGUGAUGUCCUCACACACACCAAGGGCAAAUUCCUGCCGUACAUGGAGAGGGCCAUUGAGCUUUCUGUUCCAUUGCUAGACCACUCUUUUGAGGGUGUUCGCAAGAGUGCCGUCAGCACGCUCUGGCGCGCCUAUGCAUGCCUGUGGGGACUGGCCGAGGACAACGGCAUGGCCAAAUUCCAGCCUGGUCUUCCCCUGAAGGUUCAGCCUACUGCUGACCUUGCGAAGCUCGGCGACCUUGUCAUGCGAGGCACCCUCGCUUUGUGGGAAGAGGAAGUUGACCGGGCCACCGUUACUGAAGUGCACCGCAAUCUUGCGGCCACACUGAAGCUUUGCGGCCCGGCAGUCCUUGUCCCCGCACAGGGUUCGACGAACUCCACGCCACUGGAGCAGAUCACCGCGUUGGUCAUUUUGUUGCUUAAGCGACAACACCCUUGCCAAAGAGACGACGACGAAGACGAUGAGUUGCCUCAGGAGGAGACCGCCGAAUACGACUGGCUUGUCAUCGAGACUGCGCUUGAGGUCCUUGCUGGCCUCGGUACCGCGCUGGGCGAGCAGUCUGGCGAGCUCUGGAAGAUCUUCGAGACCCCCAUCUUCAAGUUCUGCUCUUCUCAAGAGCGAUUCGAGCGUUCUGCUGCUGUUGGCACUAUGGCAGAUUGCAUUGAAUCCAUGGGUGGUGCUUGCACAGAAUACACUCCCAAGAUGAUGCGCACACUUCUCAAGCGCCUGAGCGACGAGGACCCGGAGACUAAGAGCAAUGCUGCUUUCGGUACAGGUUUACUUUGCUUGAACAGCAACGACGCCAAAGAAGUCCUCGGCAAUUACAACACGAUUCUUGGGAAGCUCGAGCCACUGCUCCAACCUUCAUCUUCCACAGGCAACAACAGCGACGCAGAGGCACAAGCUCGUCUCCUUGACAAUGCUGCUGGUUGUCUUGCUCGUAUGAUUCAAAAGUCUCCGCAGAACGUGCCUCUUGCGGAAGUUCUGCCACGACUUGUGGAGAUCCUGCCGCUCAAGGAAGACUUCCGUGAGAACGAGCCAGUCUUCGAGAUGAUUGUGGCCCUCUACCAAGCCGAGAACUCUGUCAUCCAAGGCCUGACCGGACAACUUCUCCCAGUAUUCGAGAAGGUCUUGAGCCCACCAGAGGAGCAGCUCAGCGACGGCACUAAGGCCAAGGUGACCGAGCUCGUCAAGUACAUCCAGAGCAAGCAGGGUUGAGCAGGAUGAUGAUGACCAAAAUAAAAGCUACUUUUACAGAAAACAUUGACGAUGAAAAAUCGACGAAUGCAUGAACGCCAAAAAGGCAGAUUAUGAUGAGAUGGCAUUGAAGGAAGGACAGAACUAGAU